GUUUGUAGCAGGGACAACCGAAUGGAAUGUAUUGUAUUUAACAGGUUGACAGGGCCAUGUUCAGUUACCUCGCAAAUGGGUCGAUCGUUUCUCCGACCAAGAUCCACCUUGUGACCAUAUAUCCUACGAACUUGCCUUACUUGGUAUUCGCACUGAUACGCAAGUUUUUGAGAUCAACAUAUAAAUACCAGUUUUAAGACAUUGCCCGCCGUUUCUUUUUCAACGUCACCAUAUCCAACUUUUCCUUUCCAUUUACCCAAUGGAUCGCCAUGAAAUGUUUGAAUGGGAGCAAUAUGGAGGAGACGCCCGCUCUUAUGAAAAGACGGUAACGCACUCCAGGCAUGAAUUUAUGAUAUCCGACGAUUUCAAUACCAGUUAUACCUAUGGAAGCUAUGUCGAGACGAUCAAUGCUCGAUAUAAUCGGGUUGAGCCCGAGAGCUACCUACGACAGAACGGCGAAUCCAAAACGCAUUACCUCGGUCGCAAAGUUUUAGCUAUCAAGCCAUAUGAGCUUUUAUAUUCGGAAUACGAAGGCUCAGAACUCAAAAAGACGCUCAGUCGCUUUGAUUUGGUGUUUGUCGGUAUCGGUGCCAUUGUUGGUACUGGUAUCUUUGUCCUAUCUGGCCAUGCUGCCGCUGAAUAUGCUGGUCCAGCUGUAGCCAUUUCCUUCAUUAUUGCUGGUGUAGCAGCAGCGUUCGCCGCCCUGUCGUACUCCGAAAUGGCUUCCAUGAUUCCAGUUUCUGGUUCUGCGUAUACUUACACUUACGCCACUAUGGGCGAGAUUUUUGCUUGGGUCAUUGGAUGGGAUUUGAUCCUAGAAUACAUGAUAGGUGCUGCUACAGUUGCCGUAAGCUGGUCUGCUUACUUUGUCUACUUUUUCAAAGUGGCAUUCAAUGUUGACCUUGGCACUCGAUGGACAACGCCAACGCUAGUUUGGACUGAAGUACCAGCAUCUAUAGCAUAUAAUUCAGAUGCCGGAUCGUACUUCAAUGCCCCUGGAUUUUUUAUCGUCCUUCUACUGACCAUUUUACUUGUCGUUGGUGUUCGAGAAACCUCUUCGGUUAAUAAUGUGAUCGUCGCCAUCAAGCUUACAGUUGUCGUCCUCUUCAUCUUUUCAAUGUGUGGCUUCAUUGACACCAGCAAUUAUGAUCCAUAUGUACCGCCGCCUACGUCCUCCAACUGGCGUGUAUUUGGAGUUGGAGGAAUUUUCGCAGCUUCCCAAAAAGUGUUCUUUGCUUACGUUGGGUUCGAUGCAGUUUCAACUGCAUCUAUGGAAGCAAAAGAUGCUGCUCGUGACUUGCCAGUGGGUAUUAUCACUUCCCUCGUUAUCUGUACCGUACUAUAUAUUGCAACCGCUACAGUCAUGACUGGAGCUGCAAAUUACACCAUUCUGAACACAUCAACGCCUGUCUCCACCGCCAUCUCGGCAGUUCAAGCUAGAACUGGCCAGAACUUCAGAUGGCUUAAUAUCAUAGUCAGUCUAGGUGCUUUGGCUGGACUUACUUCGGUCAUGCUGGUAUUCCUUUUAGGCCAACCUCGUAUUUUUCACUCAAUGGCUCGAGAUGGUUUAUUACCCCGCUGGCUCGGUAAGAUACACCCUCGCUUCAAGACUCCGUACCGAACUACCAUUAUCACCGGCAUUAUCACCGCUAUCCUCGGCGCCAUUCUUCCGGUAGAUAUUCUGGGAAAUCUAACCAGCGUCGGUACCCUUUUGGCAUUCUUUUUAGUACAUUUUGGUAUCAUCAUUCUCCGAUUUACUCGUCCUGAUAUUCCUCGUGGUUUCACUAUCCCUGGCGGAAAGUGGGGAGGAAUAAUUAUCCCGCUGAUGGGGAUGCUCAUUUCAGUGGUACUGAUUGCAGUGGCAGAGGUAACCACCAUAUGGCGUCUGUUUGUAUGGGCAGCUGUAGGUCUGAUCGUAUAUGCCUGUUACUCGUCACGGCACUCACGGAUCAAUAACGAUCCUAUCAACUUCUUCCGCGAAGCCAAAGAAGACCAAGAAGCUGCUCGCCGCCAGAAAGAAGUCGCUGCCAAUGCAAGCGAGUGUGGCUCCCCGCCUUAGUUGUAAAUAUAU